CAAAAUAUAGCAAUAACCUCUAAAAUUGUGGUCUCAAAAGAAGUAUUUAAACUUUUGCUCUUGUAGAUUUUACGUAUCAAUGUGAUCUAAAGUAAUUAAGUGUUUCUAUUUGAUAUUAGUUUAAAAAAGAAUGGCAAGACUUUUACUUACAAGGCACUUUUCAAAGACGUCUAAAAUUAGGCAGGGAUAUGUCGUGUUAGUACCGGAAAUAGGGGAAGAAGCGACAGAUAAGAAUACUCUUUAUGAUGGUGAUCAUCUUCCAGAAUUUAAUAAUAUGACUAUUGAAAAAUGCAGAGCCUCAAUAGCCAAACAGACAUUGGACUUUGAGAAAGGCAUUAAAGAAAUUGAAGAUCAUCUGAGUGUUCAGCCAUGCCAAGAUAUAUCUGUUGAAGUGUUCCAUCCUUUAGAAGAAUUGGGAAUGCCUUUGUAUACUACAUGGGGUUUGGCAAGGACUUUAUAUCUAGGUAACAAUACAUUGAUGCCUACAUCUAGUUUUUUGCCAAUCCAUGAGCGGGCACAAAAGGCUAGGGCAAGUAAAUUUCAUAGUAAACCCAUAUAUGAUGCUGUGUUGAAUGAAUUAUCUCAAGAAAAGACCAGGUCAUUUGAAGAAAAUAGGUUGUUAAAGAAAUUUUCCACUGAGGGAAAAUUGAAUGGGCUUGGGUUGGAUGAUAAAAAAAGAGAUGCAUUGAACUACUAUUUAUCAAAAUUAGCUAAAGAGAGGCACUCCUUCAAAUGGAAAAUUGACUAUGCAACCAAAAAGUUUGUCCAUGUUGUCACAGAUUAUAAUAUUGUUAAACAUUUUCCAUCAAGUUUGCAAAAAGCAAUUGCUGUAGACCCGAACAAUGCUCUGAAUGGACCUUGGAAGUUUAAUUUGCAACCUUUGGUUUUCAAAUCAUUGAUGGAAUAUUGUCCUGAUCGUGAAAUGAGAUGGAAUCUUUGGCAUGCACAGGUAGGACGAGGCUGCUCUUUAAACGAAAAAGAAUUAAGAACUGGUGUUAAUGUGGAUGAGAUAAGGUACCUCAGAAAGGAAAUUGCAAAAAUAUUAGGCUACAAUUCCUAUGUGGAUAUGUCAUUGGAGACAAAGAUGGCUCGUAGCUUGGGAGAAAUUAAACAGUUCAUGGCACAGCUUUAUGAAAGGUCUAGACCUGCUCAAGAAGAAGACUUGGGAAAUCUGUUAGAGUAUGCCCAUAAUGAGGGGUUUAAAGGCGCAAAGCUGGAAUUGUGGGAUGUGCCAUAUUGGAAGAGAAAACAAAUUUCCAAUCUGUUUGAUUAUAAUGAAGAUAAUCUAAAAAAGUAUUUCCCCUUAAAGAAGGUAUUACAAGGUUUAAUGCAACUUUGUGAAAAUUUGUAUAAUAUUGUCAUCAAACCCAGAAGUGGAGUAUCUACAUGGCAUAAAGAUGUUGUGUUUUAUGAUGUCUUUGAAUCUCAUAGUAGCGCCCCAGUUGGUAGUUUUUAUAUAGAUCCUUACUCAAGAGUUGAAGAUAAAUUUAAUUCAAACAGUUUCGGCUGGACUGUGGGAAUUCAAAAUAGGAGCAAAAUCACAAAUUCAAAUCCCAUUUGUGCUCUUAUAUUUUAUUUUGAAAAGUUCAACAAAUAUAACGAUGCUUUAUUAACAGUUAAAGAGAUCGAGGUGCUGUUUAAUCAGUUUGGUAGGGCCAUGCAACUGGUGUUAACUAGAGCCAACAGCUGUGAAUUAGCCGGGUUGACCAAUGUUGAAUGGGAUGUUUCGGAGGUGUGCGGGGAUGUGAUGUCCCAUUGGUUAUUUAAUAAGCAGGUAAUUGCCAGCAUUUCAUCACACUGUGAUAACGGUGAAAAACUGACUGAUUUAAUGUCUGAAAAUUUAUGUCGAGCACAAAAGCAUAUGGUCAGCAUCGAUCUCUCCUACGAGCUGUACCUUUCAGCUUUAGAUUUAGAGUUGUACUCCACUAAUGAUUUUUGGUUGGAUAUCCAAAAGAGAUUGUGGCCCUACUAUAUGAGUAUUCCUCUGCAAAAGGUUGAUUCUCAGCCAUUGUCGUUCAGUGAGAUAUUUGCUGGCGAAUGGCCAGCUGCCUAUUAUUCACAUUUGUGGUCCAAAAUGUUGGCGGCAGAUAUCUACAGCGCAUUUUACGAUGCUAAAGGUGACGAGCAAAAAUUGAAAGAUGUAGGACGGCGCUUUCGAGAUACAUUUUUGGCUUUGGGCGGCAGUCAAAUGGCAAGUCAGACAUUUAGAGAGUUCCGAGGCCGGGACCCUUCCCCUAAAGCUUUGCUAAAAUCUUUAGGUUUAAAGAAAGUUAAUCAGGAGAGAUAAGACAUGAUCAUUAGGUUUGAAAUGUCUUCUUGAUGUGAUAUAAUUAGUUUCUUUGUUAAUAAAGUACUGUAAAUAAUCAAGGA